AUAGCGGCUGUGCUCUUUGCAUGCAGACCUAACCUCAUCUGGGGUAUCUGGGAUCCCUACAUCAUAACCCCUUGAAAACAGUCUUGCAUCUGUGGUCACUGCUUGUAUAUACAUUUUGUUAGCAAUUAGCAAUAAGGUUAAAAAAAGUUAUGAUAAGUUUACAUCGAAGUGUGACGAGAAUUUCAUCCAAAUGUUAUGGACGAACAAUGAAAAAUAGAACGUUGAUUCGUUUGACAAGCGGUCGGGGACAUCCGACCGCGGGAAUUGUCGUUAUCGGAAAUGAAAUUUUAAAGGGCCAAGUGAAAGACACCAAUUCUUUCUAUGCGUCCAAGUUACUGUACGAACAUGGCAUUAGUGUUCAAAAGAUUUCCAUUGUACCAGAUCGCGUCGAAGAUAUCGUGGUGGAAAUCAAGAAUUUUUCAGAAAAAUUUAAUUACAUUUUUACAUCCGGCGGCAUAGGACCAACUCAUGACGAUGUUACUUACGAAGCUGUUGCAUUAGCCUUUAACGAUACUUUGCACUAUCAUCCAGCAUUAGUGAAUAUCGUAAAGACUUAUUUAAAUUCUGGAAAUUUCUCUUCGCCUGGUUAUAAAAUGGCAUAUGUACCGACUAGAUCUGUGCUGAAGUUUGGAAAAAAUGAAGUUACAGGAAAAUCUCUUCGUUAUCCGUGUGUAAUCAUGGAGAAAGUUCAUAUCUUUCCUGGAUCACCAGUGUUCUUUCAACCAUCUUUUCAAGCUUUAUGCAAGGACUUAUUCGUCGAUUGUAAUAGUUUUGCUACAACUGAAAUUUACAUAAACGCAAAGGAGGAAUCAUUCGCAGAUAUUUUAAGCGCAGUUGCACGAAAAUGUCCGAACGUCUUGUUUGGCUCGUAUCCAGAAUUUAAUAGGCAUUACAAAGUGCGCGUGACGAUGGAAAGCGAGAGCGAGGAAGAUGUCGAAACAGCGAAGAAAAUGUUUUGCGAUCUGGUUCCGGCGAACGUAUUGGUGCAUUACGAUUGUGCACCUCACGUUGAUUGCCUGGCAAAGUACGAGAACCUACUCGGAGGGUCCCAUCGUCGAUCAGUUUAUGAGAGUUCCUUAAAGAAAUUCGUUGAUUAUUAUCAGAAAGCCGACGAGGUGUGGAUAUAUUUGGACGGGAGCGAAGAAUCGAUCAUUAUGGUACAUCUUGCUCGUGUCGCCGAUAGUAAAUUAGGAGGGUCGAAGAGAAGAUUCCGUGCAAUUUGCUCGAAAUCGGAUAAAAUGAAUAAAUUUUUCCACGAUCUCAGUGAAAGGUACAAUGUUGAAUUGUGUAAUCUACAAUGCGAUGAAAUCGAUGCUCCCGAGGUAGUAAAAAAUUGGAUCGUGUCGAGAGCGGAAUUGCGAAUAUUGCUACUCGGAAAACGUUUGAAUGGCAAUGAAAGAGAAAUUUACGAUAAUCUUGCACGGUUGAACGAGAAUAUUUCCGUCCCUGUGCAAAUACAUUUUCCUCUUAUCGAUUGGACGAACGAAGAUGUUGCGAGUUUCUUCGGUUCUCUCUCUUUACCUCAUUACACGAUAGAAACUCAAUCAAACCGGUAAAAGAUGAAAAUCAAAGCGAGGUAAUAACACGAAAAGCGUGUUGCUACGUUGGUGAAAUUGAAAUCGAGACGAGAUCUUAAUUCGAAGCGGAUUUUCUAACGAUAUAUUAGUAAAUGGUUAAGGUGGGGGCCUUUUCCCAACAGCGAGAAGUAUAAAAAAAAAAAUUAAUGAAUAAAAGGAUAUUAUUGAAAAUU